AGCAGAAAAGUUGUGAAAAGGGAAGGAAACAAUCACUCACUCAUCUGAAACUUCCUGUUUCGUUUCAGGGACUUUCUGCCGCGUGGAUCUGGCAUCGUAACCAGACGCCCUCUGGUCCUGCAGCUGGUGAAUGCCAGCACAGAAUAUGGCGAGUUCCUACACUGCAAAGGAAAGAAAUUCACUGAUUUUGAGGAGGUCCGUUUGGAGAUUGAGGCUGAAACAGAUCGUGUUACUGGCUCCAACAAAGGGAUUUCCCCUGUGCCCAUCAAUCUUCGAGUCUACUCUCCCCAUGUUCUGAACCUGACCUUGGUGGAUCUACCGGGUAUGACAAAAGUCCCAGUCGGGGACCAGCCGCCUGACAUUGAGUUUCAGAUCCGAGAUAUGCUCAUGCAGUUUGUCACCAAAGAGAACUGCCUCAUCCUGGCAGUAUCCCCAGCCAACUCAGAUUUGGCCAAUUCUGAUGCCCUGAAGAUUGCAAAGGAGGUGGAUCCUCAAGGGCAGCGCACUAUUGGGGUCAUCACUAAGCUGGAUCUUAUGGAUGAAGGAACCGAUGCCCGAGAUGUAUUAGAAAACAAAUUACUUCCUCUUCGUAGAGGUUACAUUGGUGUAGUCAACAGAAGUCAGAAGGAUAUUGAUGGCAAGAAGGACAUUCAGGCAGCUCUGGCUGCAGAGAGAAAAUUUUUUCUCUCCCACCCAGCCUACAGACACAUGGCUGAUCGCAUGGGAACCCCCUACUUGCAGAAAGUAUUGAACCAGCAAUUGACCAACCACAUCCGUGACACCCUGCCAGGGCUGCGGAACAAGCUCCAAAGCCAGCUUCUCUCCAUUGAGAAGGAGGUGGAGGAGUACAAGAGCUUUCGCCCUGAUGAUCCGGCUCGCAAGACCAAAGCUCUGCUUCAGAUGGUCCAGCAGUUCGCUGUGGACUUUGAGAAACGCAUUGAAGGCUCUGGAGACCAAAUUGAUACCUAUGAGCUGUCAGGAGGAGCUAGGAUUAAUCGCAUCUUCCAUGAGCGUUUCCCCUUCGAAUUGGUGAAGAUGGAGUUUGAUGAGAAGGAGCUGCGGCGGGAGAUCAGCUAUGCCAUCAAGAACAUCCAUGGUAUCAGAACCGGUCUCUUCACACCCGACAUGGCCUUUGAGACCAUUGUGAAAAAGCAGGUGAAGAAGAUUAAAGAACCUUGCCUGAAAUGCGUGGACAUGGUCAUUUCGGAGUUAAUCAAUACCGUUAGACAGUGCACCAAGAAGCUCAGCCAGUACCCUCACCUGCGUGAGGAAAUGGAGAGGAUUGUUACUACUCACAUCCGUGAGAGAGAAGGCAGGACCAAAGAUCAGGUCAUGCUUCUAAUAGACAUCGAGCUGGCUUACAUGAACACAAACCACGAGGAUUUCAUUGGCUUUGCCAAUGCUCAGCAGAGGAGCAGCCAGAUGAGCAAGAAGAAGGCAGCUGGCAACCAGGAUGAGAUCCUGGUCAUCCGAAAGGGCUGGCUCACCAUCAACAACAUCGGCAUCAUGAAAGGUGGCUCCAAGGAGUAUUGGUUUGUCCUGACAGCGGAGAACCUCUCCUGGUACAAGGAUGAUGAGGAGAAGGAGAAGAAAUACAUGUUACCGGUGGAUAACCUGAAACUGCGAGAUGUUGAGAAGGGAUUCAUGUCCAGCAAACACAUCUUUGCUCUUUUCAACACUGAACAGAGGAAUGUUUACAAGGACUACCGGCAGCUGGAGCUGGCCUGUGAGACCCAGGAGGAGGUGGAUAGCUGGAAGGCUUCCUUCCUUCGUGCAGGAGUCUAUCCAGAGCGUGUUGGGGACAAGGACAAAGCCAGUGAAGCAGAGGAGAAUGGAUCAGACAGUUUCAUGCACUCCAUGGAUCCCCAGCUGGAGAGACAAGUGGAAACUAUCAGGAACCUGGUGGAUUCCUACAUGGCAAUUGUCAACAAAACCAUCAGAGACCUCAUGCCGAAGACAAUCAUGCACCUCAUGAUAAACAAUACCAAGGACUUUAUCCAUUCGGAGUUGUUGGCAAACCUGUACUCCUGUGGUGACCAAAAUACGCUGAUGGAGGAAUCGGCAGAGCAGGCCCAGCGUCGUGACGAAAUGCUGCGCAUGUACCAUGCCCUGAAAGAGGCCCUCAACAUCAUCGGGGACAUCAACACCAGCACUAUCAGCACCCCUAUGCCCCCACCGGUGGACGACUCUUGGCUGCAGGUGCAGAGCGUACCGUCUGGACGCAGGUCUCCUACGUCCAGCCCCACGCCGCAGAGGAGAGCUCCCGCUGUUCCACCCGCCAGACCUGGGUCUCGAGGCCCAGCUCCUGGACCACCUCCUGCUGGUGGGUCCACACUGGGUGGUGCCCCCCCUGUGCCCUCCAGGCCAGGUGCCUCUCCUGAUCCCUUUGGGCCCCCACCUCAGGUUCCUUCUCGGCCUAAUCGUGCUCCUCCUGGUGUUCCCAGCCGGCCGGGUAAGGCCAGUCCCUCCCGCCCGGAGAGCCCAAAACCACCAUUUGACAUGUAGGCCUGCUCCCUCUGAGACUCUUUGCCUGCCUCUUAGCUGUUCUGUCCUGGAAUGGUCUGACUCGAAUCUCACACAUGGCUUGUUUUGUUUGUAUUUUGUGACACACGCGUAUCGGAUGUGAUUGUAGUGAAACUGUUUUUUGGGUUUUAGUUUGUUUUUUUUUUUUUUUCUUUU